AUCUAUCACUCAGAGAAAACCCUAAUCCGUAGAACCUUAAAGCGCCGUCGCAUUUUAGCCGGAGAGAGCUGUAGUUCCGUCGGCAGAAGAAUCCUCGUAAUCAAUCAAUCAUGGGUAAGGUACACGGUUCCUUGGCUCGUGCCGGUAAGGUGAGAGGUCAGACACCGAAAGUGGCUAAACAGGACAAGAAGAAGAAGCCACGUGGUCGUGCCCACAAAAGGUUGCAACACAAUCGCCGUUUCGUCACCGCCGUUGUUGGAUUCGGCAAGAAGAGAGGACCCAACUCGUCUGAGAAGUAAACGAUGAUCAUACUGGAUCGAUGAGGCUCGAAGUGUUGCCUUGCUCUUUUGUUUUGCUGUCUCGUUUGAUGUGUUGCAUGUUUUUAUUGGUGGUCUUCUGCUGAUGGAUCAUUAGUUAGUAAAGAGUUCUGCAAUAUCCUCUUUGUUAAAGAUGUUCCAAUUUGGUUUUUCGAUAUAGACUAUUGUAACUUUCUCAUGCAUUUCUCAAUUAGUUUGACUUUGACCAAAGUUUUUUUCAA